AAAAAAAAGAAAAAAGCAAGAGAAAAGCCCAGGUCAGCCGCGGGGAGGGGGCGGGGGUGCUAUAAACCCCCCAAGACCAUGACGUCCAGUAAGAUCGAGAUGCCCGGAGAGGUGAAGGCAGACCCCGCCGCUCUGAUGGCAUCUCUGCAUCUGCUGCCGGCCCCCGCUCUCAACCUGGAGAUCAAACACACCAAGAUUUUCAUAAAUAAUGAGUGGCAAAAUUCUGAAAGUGGGAGAAUAUUCCCUGUAUAUAACCCAGCCACAGGAGAGCAGAUCUGUGAGAUCCAGGAAGCUGACAAGGUUGAUACAGACAAAGCGGUGAGGGCAGCACGCCUUGCUUUCUCUCUAGGCUCAGUGUGGAGGAGAAUGGAUGCUUCUGAAAGAGGCCAUCUCUUGGAUAAGCUGGCAGAUUUGGUUGAAAGAGACAGGGCAAUUCUUGCUACCAUGGAAUCACUGAACAGUGGCAAACCCUUUCUUCAGGCUUUCUAUGUAGAUCUUCAAGGAGUCAUAAAAACCUUGCGGUAUUAUGCAGGUUGGGCAGACAAGAUUCAUGGAAUGACCAUUCCUGUAGAUGGAGAUUAUUUUACGUUUACAAGACAUGAACCCAUCGGAGUGUGUGGACAGAUCAUCCCUUGGAACUUCCCCCUGCUGAUGUUUGCGUGGAAGAUUGCUCCAGCUCUGUGUUGUGGCAAUACAGUAGUUAUUAAACCAGCAGAGCAAACACCACUCAGUGCUCUCUAUAUGGGAGCCCUCAUCAAGGAGGCUGGCUUUCCACCAGGAGUAGUCAAUAUUUUGCCAGGAUUUGGUCCAAUUGUUGGUGCAGCAAUAGCUUCUCAUGUUGGCAUAGAUAAAAUUGCUUUUACUGGAUCUACUGAGGUUGGGAAGCUGAUCCAAGAAGCAGCUGGAAGGAGUAAUUUGAAGAGAGUUACUCUGGAGUUGGGAGGGAAGAGCCCAAACAUUAUUUUUGCAGAUGCUGAUUUGGACUAUGCUGUGGAACAAGCUCACCAGGGGGUCUUCUUCAAUCAAGGCCAGUGUUGCACGGCUGGAUCACGGAUUUAUGUGGAAGAAUCAAUCUAUGAAGAGUUUGUCAGAAGAAGCGUUGAGCGUGCCAAGAGGAGAGUAGUAGGGAGUCCUUUUGACCCAACUACAGAACAAGGUCCACAGAUUGAUAAGAAACAGUACAACAAGAUCCUGGAACUUAUCCAAAGUGGAAUUACUGAAGGUGCAAAACUCGAAUGUGGGGGUAAAGGAUUAGGACGAAAGGGCUUCUUCAUUGAACCUACAGUGUUUUCCAACGUAACAGAUGACAUGCGGAUUGCCAAGGAAGAGAUCUUUGGGCCUGUUCAAGAAAUACUGAGAUUUAAAACUAUGGAUGAAGUCAUAGAAAGAGCCAACAACUCAGAUUUUGGAUUGGUAGCUGCCGUCUUUACAAAUGACAUAAACAAGGCUCUGACAGUCUCAUCAGCAAUGCAAGCUGGGACAGUCUGGAUAAAUUGUUACAAUGCCUUAAAUGCCCAGAGUCCUUUUGGAGGGUUUAAAAUGUCUGGCAAUGGGAGAGAAAUGGGUGAAUGUGGACUGAGAGAAUAUUCUGAAAUUAAAACUGUGACGAUAAAGAUUCCUCAAAAGAAUUCCUAAGAAGACAAACACCAUGUUGUGCAGAACAGCACAUGAUGCCACCCUUUGUAUUCCUUUGGGGACCAGCACUCAGGAAUAAAAGCAUUACACAGUAUAUAUUUAAGAAAUUAAGAUACAACAUAUAUAACAGGCACAUAAUUGCAUAAAUAAUGCAAAAUAACUUUGUGUGGUUUCAUAGCACUCCACUGAGAACAUUUUUCCCUUAAUCAUAUGCCAAGAGCUAAAAUUGUGAUCGAAAACUACAUAAGAAGUGUUCGAGUUAUAAAACUGUUACACACCCAAAUACACGCACACUCUUUUCUCUAUAAAAAAGGCAAGUUGUUUUAAAAUCACCUUCUCCAAUAGGGCAGCCUUGGCUGAUAUUUUUAUUCUAUAUGGGACUUUGGGGCCACAGUUCUAGCAGUGAGCAAUUUACCAAGUCUUAUGGCUGUUCGCUAAAAGCCAAAAAUGAAAUAAUUUGAAUUGGAGCCAGCCAAUAUUGGUAUGCUGGCACCUUUCCAACUAGCAUGAUAUUGUGAAGGGGUCAGGCUGGGGGGAGCUACAUUUUUAUAUAGUUUAUAGCAAUCUGAAAGGAUACUUACCAGUGAGAUUUGGUUUCUGUUGACCACACAAGCCUUCUGAUUUUUCACAGCUUAUCCUAAUAAAUGUUUUAUAUCUCUUCUAUAUAAAAUCAUCCCUCACUUAGAAUGUUCAAAAAUGUUUUUUACCUGCCUGCCAAAAGAGCAUUGGGGGGGGGGGGGGG